AUGUCUACAUGUGCCAUAGGAAAGAAAAGAGACGGGAAAAAGAGAUCUAGAGCUUCCCGCGUAGAAGUGACUUCUGAUAACGAGGCAGAAGAUAGUGCAUCUGACGAGGAAGAAGACUUAGCAGAAAAAAAUGAAGAGGAGUUAUCCAGAUGGAAGAAAAGAUCAAUAUUCUUCACCUUACCAUACUGGCAGGAUUUACCGGUGAGACAUAAUUUGGACGUGAUGCACGUUGAGAAGAAUGUGGCUGCGAGUUUAAUUGCAACGUUAUUGCAUUGUGGAAAUUCCAAGGACUGCAUAAAAGCUAGAAAGGAUCUUGAAGCUCUUGGCAUCCGGAAGGACUUGCAUCCUAAACCUCACGGUAAACGGAUAUUACUUCCUGCAGCUCCUUGGUCAUUGUCAAAGUCACAGAAGAAAACUUUCUGUAAGCGUCUAUUUGACUUUAAAGGCCCGGAUGGUUACUGCUCAAACAUUGCUAGUUGUGUGUCAAUAGAUGAGUGCAAAGUCAUGGGACUUAAAUCUCAUGAUUACCACGUUUUGAUGCAACAACUAUUACCAGUUGCAGUUAGAGGUCCACUGCCUAGGAUAGCUAUUUUUAGGUUAUGCUCUUUCUUCAACCUUAUGUGUCAACGAGUGAUUGAUAUGGAACAGCUCCAGAAAAUGGAGACGGAGAUUGUGGAGAGUCUGUGUAUUUUCGAAAGAUUCUGGCCUCCUAGUUUCUUCGACAUUAUGGUUCACUUAUGUGUACAUCUAGGAAGGGAAGCCAAGUUAGGUGGUCCGGUGCAUUUCCGAUGGAUGUACCCAAUCGAAAGGAAGGAUGUAUGGCCGAGUCCUAUCUUGCAGAAGAAUGUAUGCAGUUUUGCUCUGCCUUUUUUGAAGAAGACAACCAAUGUGGUAGACAAAGACGAUAGGAACACUGCAUACGAGAGUGAAUCCAUACUAGAAGGUCGUCCUAUAUUGACUGGCACAUCAUUCUCUCUUACCGAGACGGAUAAGAAGAUAGCACACCUGGCGAUACCUCUGGAUGCUGAAGACAACGCCGAGACACUUAAGUGGAUAGCAUAUGGUCCACGUAGUGUAGCUAGAUCUUACACGGGUUAUAUAAUCAAUGGCCUGAAGUUUCAUAUAGCCUCAGCGAAUAGACUUAGUCAGAACAGUGGUGUUUACUACGAGGCAACAUGA